AUCGAUUUUUCUUUUGGUGCCAAUUGCCAUCCUCAUCUCGUGUCCAGCACUGAAACAAUGGAAACUCUGGUUAAGUCAUAAAUUAGGGUUUAACAAAUGGACUUGGAAGAAAGCAUCAACAUGUCAAUCAUAUCAUCUUCAUCAUCAUCAGAGUCUAAUUCAAUGGUUGCAGCAACUAUGGGCCGAGUCAUGGCCACUCUCCUCGGGACUCGCACCAAGAAGCUCUCGGACUCCAUCUCUCGCCUCGAUUAUUCUCCCAAAAACACACUCCAAGCCGUUUCGUUGGAGGACUCGUUGUGGAUAUUGUACAAGUAUGUUAGGGAUUCGGCUCAAGGGGAGUUCUCUUUGGAUCAUGUUUUGGUUCCCAUUAUUGAACAUUCACUGAAAUGCAAAGAUAUAAAACGACGCAAUCAAACAAUGAUACUUCUUGAUUGGCUAUUUCAAGACAGUGCCAUCUUUGAAUCUUUAGCCACAAACUUCUCUACUAUAUUGUUGAGGAAAGACGACCAUUACAUUGCGUUGGGUUGGUGCAUUCUUACACGUGGUCUUCUAGAAGAUGAUAUCUUGAAAGAAAAGCUUUCAACAAGUGGAACUGAGAAGUAUGAUAGUUUGCUGAGGAUCCUUUCUCCAUGCGUUAAACAUCUUAUAAUUCUGUGCAGUGGAAGCAUUUCUCAGGGUGGAUUUGAGUUGCCAACUCGACUAUCUGUGGCUGCUGCUGACUGUGUUAUUGCUCUCACUAUAGCACUGACAAGAAAGAGCGUGCUUUCUGAUUUCUCAGAAAAUAAGGGAAAAUCUGUUAACCGUGAAUUGCCUAAUAAGUUAACUUUGGGACGGUCUGGUGCUAGUAAUCUGAAGAAUGUGAAACCAGCCAGUAUAUCUCGAGAAUCCUCUAGCAGCACUGAGAUAGGAUUGUUGCUUUGGGAUCUUUUAGACGAAGUUAUCGUUCUUGUCCAAAAACUCAGUGCUUGGAGCAGGAAAAGCCGAUAUUUGCAUGCAAAAGGACUGGAUAGGUUAUCAAAUUGGUUACAAAGAACGAAACAUCAUUAUAGUUGCUUCCGAGCGGACAAAGAUCAGCAAAUGGUCAAGGCUGGUGCAUUGCUUUUCUCUUCUUGCUGGAAACAUUGUAGUGUCCUCUUGCAUUUGGAAGAUCACAGCUUCUCUCAAAACUAUAAAGAAUUGUUGGACCACUUCAUAUCAGGCAUUCAGUUUUAUGCAGAUAAUGAUGAGCUUAAAGAUAACAAAGACAGUGGAACAGAGACCUUAAACUUUUUUCUGAGUUGCCUCUUACUUCUACUGGGGCGUUGCAAUGGCAGACAAUUUGAAAGUGCCAUGUCAGAAUAUGGACUUAAGAUGUGUGGUCUUCUUGUAUCACAGCUUCACUCUGCUGAUGAAGAUGUGGUUGACGGCGCCAUGUUCCUCAUCAAAUCAGUCCUGUUUGGAACAAAUUCUUCACCGGCUGCAAGCUGUCUUCCUGACACAAGACACAUAGAUGCUAUCGUGCCAUCCCUUCUGCAUCUUUUAGAUGGGGAAGAUGGUGCAUCAAAAGCUGCUGCCACAAUCAUUGCAGAAUUCUGCUUACUAAGCUCAAACGGAAAUUGCCUAAAAGACGUUUUAGAGCGCCUUGCCGCUGGUACUUUCUUGCAAAGGAAGAACGCUUUAACUGUUAUAUCUCAACUCGUCCACAUGUCAUUCGAUUCAGUAGAUGACUUGUCACAUUUACCAUGGCAAGAUGUAUCAGACCACUUGCUACAGUGCCUCAGGGAUGAUGACUUGGUGAUUAGCACACAAGCAUCUAAGCUUCUCCCGUUGAUUGACCCUUUGAUAGUCUUGCCGCCUUUGGUUCAUCUUGUUUAUUCGGAUAAAGGAGUCCAGUCAUCUGCUUGUAGUACAAUUCUCACAGUGCUAAAGAAUCACAAUAAAAGAUUUGAUGUUAUAAGUUGCCUGCUUGACUGUCUUAGCAACUUGAGUGAGGGCCUGGAUCAUUCAGACACUCGUAGUGAUAUUAAACAAGAUGGAUCGAAGUUGGAUACUGAUAGGCUGCUCAAGCUAAUCCCCGAGUGGUCAAAAACUGUGGAGGACUGGAACCUUCUGGUUGGACCAUUUGUAGACAAGAUGUUGAAAGAGCCAUCAAAUGUGACUAUUGUAAGGUUUCUUAGCUGUAUAAGUGAAAAUUUGGCUGAUGCUGCAGAUGUAGUCUUUCAACGACUUAUAUCACAUGCAAGAGAAGUGAAAGGGACCCUUGAAGGAGAGGAUUCUGGGGGACUGCAGCAUUCUCUCUUUGAUCACCUUUGCCCAUUGCUUAUAAUCAGACUGCUUCCACUUAGAGUUUUUGAUGAUCUCCAAGCUUCUUCUGUAUAUGGUGAACUUGUUGAAAGGAUCAUGAUGCAAGAUUAUAGAUAUUUCAACAGCAGUGAUACCGAUUGUGUUGCAUCACUCCUCCUGAACAGGGCAUUUGACAGGCUUGAAUAUGAAGAUGUUCGAAAACUUGCAGCUGAACUCUGUGGCCGUAUACAUCACCAUGUACUCUAUCCUAUAAUUUCUACUCAACUGGAAGACGCUGCAAGUUCUAAUGAUGUUCUGACUAUAAAGGCUUGUCUAUUUGCGAUCUGCACAUCGCUUGUGGCUAGGGGCAAGUUUUCGAUUUGGCAUCCUGCCUUGCUGAAAAUUAGAGAAGUGAUAGAGACUGUCCUUUUAUGGCCUUCAACUGAUGGAGAUGAAGUUUCAAAAGCACAACAUGGUUGCAUUGAUUGUCUGGCCUUGAUGGUUUGCACUGAACUACAAAAUCCAAAAUCAUCAAGGACAUCAAGUGUGGAUGAUAUUAAAGUCACUGGAAACGCCACUUCAUCAGAAAAAGCUGCUAGUAGAAUUGCCGUUCACACAUAUGUGAUUCAUCAAUUAACAUGCGAUACAAAUGAACAUAUUUCUUCCGCAAAAGUGAUUGUGAAAAGAAGAAUGUUAGAGGCAACACUGGCUCACUCAUUUCGUUUGUGCAUGGCUAAUGUCCUCAUCAGUGCUUGUCAAAAGAUUUCAAACUCAGGAAAGAAAUCUUAUGCUCAAAUAAUUCUGCCACCAAUUAUAAAAUUUGUUGAGGCGAGGAGUAACUCAGAAAUCAGGUCUGCAUGCAUUCAGAUUCUCUUCUCAGCCGUGUACCAUUUAAAAUCUGUCAUAAUUCCAUAUUCAAAUGAUCUUUUGAAAGUAGCUGUAACAUCACUGCGAGAAGGAUCAGAAAAGGAAAGGAUGGCUGGCGCAAAGUUAAUGACAGCUCUCAUGGCAAGUGAUGAUAUGGUUGUCCAAAGUGUAUCGCCAGGGUUAUUAGAAGCAAGAAGUUUACUCCUAAGCAUUUCUUCAUCAGACGCUUCUUCAGAUCUGCGCCUAGUGUGCCAAAGAUUGCUUUUAUGUAUGACUUCAUCCUAAUGCGUUAUUGUAAAUGUAUAGGUCGUAUAUAUUCACUGCAAGAUGUAACCUCAUAGUUGCAACAAUCUUUGUAAUUUACUAGUUAAGAUUAUGAUAUACAAGUUAAAGAGCCCGAGAGGCUUAAAGUGCAGUCCUACGUUAUCCUCUGGGAAGGGCGUUUUAUGUUCUGGAUCUUAUCUGUUCAGUUAUCUUAUCUGUUGACCUUUUCUAAACAGAUCAAUAAACCAUUCAUUUCAAAGCAACUUCCAAGUAUAAAAUCCUCUAAUUUCUUCCAAAAAUCUUUUCAAUGCGCAAAUAAAAAAAAAUUAUUUUAUUAGCCUAAGAAGUGUAUAUACAGCAUCCUUUUCGUAUCUCAGUAAACGGUAUAUUUUAUUAUUUAAUAUUUAUAUAAAAUACUUGUAAUUAUCUCUUUUGUUUCUCUUUCUUUGUUUAGUGGGACAUUGACUUCGAGAGAGAAGUAGAAUCCGCGAAUAUAUAUAUCUACUAGUAUAUAUAUCUGGCGACUUGUCUUUCUGGAGACCAAACUGAUUCCUCGACAGAAAUAUAGUACACGUCCUCGAAAUCAGCUCCUCGUAUAUUUCCAAUCCUCCUUCCAAUUUCACAACCGAAUUACUAUAUUUAGAGAUUGAAAUGCUUCAGCUGUUCUUCGCCGUCGCGUUCUCGGCGGUGCCACUGACGCUGUACGUUCCUCCGAUCAGAAACCUCUGCCUGUUCGUGGACACGGUGGAGCAGCUCUACCACCACACCGCCGAGGUGUUUAGUCUCCAGCUCCGCCCUCAACUACGCCUCGCUCUCUCUCGUCUCCUCUCGUCUCCUUCUACAAUAAGGUAGAAGAAUUAUCGCCGCUUAAUUAUCUUUUUAUAAUUCGUAGGGUUUUGUUGGAUAAAUAAAUGAUAUUUCGUCCUUUGAAUUUUGUAUUAUUAAUAUUCACGGUUUCAAAUUAUCAGUUUUUUUUUUGUUAUUUUACGACGAAUGUCGAUUUUAUGUAUACAUAUGUGUGGAUUCAGUUGGUUGUACAUGAACUACGAGUUUUGGGUUUUUGUUGUUUGGAAUCGGACAAGUAUAUUUGGAUGAUUUAA